AUGACUAAGGUAAGGAGAAAAGUGGUUAAAAGAGUGGACUCUCGCGCAAUAACACUAGGCUGGGAAAAGAAGGAGGAGUGCGAAAUUAAAAACAUGCUGGCGAGCAACGGAAAAAAAAACAACGACAACACAAAUACUGCACAUAGGCGCGAACCCACCUUUGUCUGGAGAAUGUCGCGCUUUUCUCGGCAAGCGAAGCUGGUUGUUGGCGCACGGCCGCUUAAAUUAGGGUUUAGUACCCAUGACAAUAGUGGCCCCUUUUAUUGUCCAAAGUGGCGCCGUCCUAUAGUAAAACACCGUUUCCUCGGGGAAUCCAGCCGUUGGGCGCUGCCCCGUGUUUUUACCCCUCAUACCAUUGCCUUUUUAGCCCUGGCUUUAACCAGGUCCUGCCAGUGGGUCCAUAUGCACUGCUGGUUAGACGUAUCUGCUUCUGGAGUGUGCAUGCAUGUAAGACAUGCAACAUGCAAAGCCCGUUUAAAAGGUGUAGUGGGAGCGUAA